ACUCUGGCAUUUCUCCCUUUUAUUUUUUUAGGGAAAUAAUUUCCCCCAGUUAUUAUACACAACCAUUGGCCAUUAUAUGAACUUCACACAACUCAAACUAUCCACUUGUAGAGUAGUUCAAUUCCAAAUACAUCAUACUGGAACUUGAGUCCUAGCACCUAGUAGUUGCAAUAAAGCAGAAUGUAUUCUUCCUUACCACCAAAUGCAGGCAGAGUGAAGAAUUGGGAUCUCAAGAAGCAAGCCACAAUAAGGAUGACACUGCUUCUUUAUUUGAUCCUACACAUCCUUGCAGCGUCGGCUCAGCAAGAUGAUCACAAUUGGGAGAAGCAAUGGUGCAUAGCAGAUGAGCAAACACCAGAUGAUGUCCUGCAGCAAGCUCUUAACUGGGCGUGUGGUCCUGGUGGUGCAGACUGCACCAUGAUUGAACCAAACAAAUCUUGUUAUCUUCCCAAUACCGUCAGAAACCAUGCAUCCUAUGCCUUCAACAGCUACUGGCAAAAAUUUAAGAAACAUGGUGGUACUUGCUACUUCAAUGCAGCUGCAAUCGUCACCGACCUAGAUCCAAGUCACAAUUCUUGUCAUUUUGAGCUGGCAGCCUGAUAUACUGAUAAACAAAGCACAGAAAGAAGGAAACUUUUCCUGUAUUCCUGGAAUAUCUUCCAUUGAGUCAAAAAAUGAAACUUUCUCUUCGUGAGAGCAUGUUGUUACUUGGAAACAUGGCUGGCUACAGAAGGCAACAGCUCACAUGUUGCUACAUUUUCCAAAUAUUGCAAUUCUGCAUGUCAACUUUACUCAGAACCUAUUUUCAUUUUUCAUCAUGUAUCUUGUUUUAUGUUAACUCAGAACCUAUUUAGUGUUAUA